UGCGCGUUUAUCGAAUUCCUAUGGGGGGGGCGUCACUCUUGGUCCGUGCACUGUUCCGGUCGACGUCGCGCUUCAACUCAGAGAAAAGUUAUCAUCGAAUACUGUUUUCUUUGUCUCCUGAAAAAGUUGUGAUUCCUUGCACAACUAUGAGUGAAGAACUGAAGUACAUAGUGAACGAGCUGAACAGGAACCCAUUUAAUAAGAACUACAACCUCAUCUCCUUUGAUUCAUUAAACUCGGAGCAGUUACUUCAGGUUUUGAAUGAUGUUCUUGCAGAAGUAGAUCCACGUAAUAAAGUGGAUAUCCGUGGAGAAGAUCCUGAACAAACAACUGUCAGAAUACUUGAGAUGCUUAGAGUCCUUAAAUUUAAGCCUGGACAAGAAAUGUCUGCGGCUGUUUUUUGCCAACGUCUUGUCCAAGGGGAUAAACAUCUCAUUCAUCCAAUACUGGAAUGGCUUUUAAAGAAUAUGGAAGAUCUGAAAAUGAGAGCCUACUUGGCUCAAUAUUUGGUGAAGGUAGAAGUGCCAUUAGAGAUACUAAGUGACAGAGAUGUUUCUGCAUUUUACGAAGAGUAUGAGAAAUUGAUAGAAGACUUUAAACUAGUCCACAAAGACAGUCAAGUGUUAAAGAACAGUGGCUAUUCAACUUCAGAAUUAAGAGCUGACAUAGACGCAAUGGAGCAUGAGAAGGAUAUCGUCAUUAAAAGAAUUGAGCGAAUGCAGCAGAAGGUUGAGAAUAUUCACAAUAAAGAGGCAAUGCUGGAAGCUGCUCAUGCUCUUAGGCUGGAGCGUGAAAGAGAAAAAUCCCUUGGAAAUCAGAAGCAGGAACAACAGGCAUCUCUGACCCAUACAGAACAGCAAGUACAGCGAUUACAGCAGCAGUUAAAGGAAAUGCAGCAGGCAGCCUCGGGAGCUACAGCAGAAGGGUUGUUACAACGUUUAGAAGAAGAAACAAAUGUAAACACAUAUAUUGUGAAACAGAAGCUUCCUAAGGAGAUAGGUAUCCGGAACAAUGACCUUGAAAUUCUUCGUCUUGUUCUCUCUGAACCAGUGAUGAGUAGAGGAGAUCUGGAUGCUUUAAACAGUAAGAUUCAUUCAGUAAACAGUGAGAUUACCCAAAUGGUUGAGCACCACCUGGCUGCAAAUAAUCCAGCUGAUGAUAAGCUAGCACCAUUCCGACAACAAGCUGCUAUCAUUGCACGUAAAAAGGAAACCACAGCAGAACAUCUGACAGAACUCAGGAACAAACUUUCAGCAGCAGAGGAAGAACUGCAGGAGAAGAAAAGUCAGCUAAAAGAAUUUGCUGGUGAGACAGUGCUGCGAGGAGAAGAAUUUAAGCGUUACGUGACCAAGCUGAGAGGCCGAAGCUCGUUGUACAAACGACAGAGAACUGAGCUGUCUGCGCUGAAGGCUGAGGCUGGAGUACUGACACGCACAGUUGAAAUACUUCGUGCUCGAGAUGAGGCCGUUUUGCGAGGACUGGCAAUGGAGGAGGCUCAACAUGGAGUAUCUGGGUUUCGAGUAACAGAGGAACGUAUGGAGCAGGUUUCUGGGGAGAAGGCUAAUGUUGACCAUGAGAAAGGGCAAACUCUGGAGGAAAUGUCCUCACUUGUAUUAGAGCUUACCCAGCGAAUUGCCACCAAGAAGGCUCAGCUAGCACCAAUUAUUAAAGAGUUGAGACCAUUGAGAGAGAGCUGCCAAGUACUGACUGCAGAGUAUGAACAGAAGAAACAUGUGUACGAUACUACUGCAGCUGGUCUUGAAAGUGCUACAGCAAAACUUGAGCAGGAAGUACAAAAUCUGAAGGAGGAGAUACGUGCUUCAGAAUCAAAGUACCAUUUGCUGGAGGCUGAAUCAGUGAUCAGUCAGGUGAAGUUGGAUCAAAUAGCAGAGGAGAUGCAACGUUAUGUUGGUAACACAGCGGGAUCUGAUAAAACCAAGUCUUUGCGGGAUCGGUUAACCCAGAAAAUAAAUGAACUGGAGAAAUUAAGUCGUCAGCUGAAAGAUGAUCAACAUAUAGUGAAAGAGAAUCAGGCUAAUCGUUCAAAGCAAAUGAAACUGUGGACUGACCUUCAGAAGUUGUUGGAAUGCAAAAAGCGUUGUCUUGAAGAAGAAAGACAAAACACUGGUACGGUCCACAGAGAGAAGGGAGCAGAAACAUUGGUUUUGCAGUAGACGUGAUUUCACAACUGUAGAAUAUGCAUACUGCGAUGGUAUAAAAUUACUUAUAGUUAUUGCAAAAGGCACGUAUGUCCGUUCCAGUAAUUUUGAGAAUUUGGAACAGGUGGUGAUGACACAAGCUUCAGCAGUGUCACAUUAGUUUGUCUGCACAUACACAGUUUUUAUGUGCUUUUUAUGCUUUAGCAUAAACAAAGAACACUUUAUGAACCCAUCCAUGUCUGUUAUUAUAUAUAAUUAUAUUAUUACAAGUCACCUUGGAUCACGUUGUUGCAACAGUGACCUUGAACAACACUUGCCUUAGAUACCACUGUUGGAUUGAUAUUCCAUUGGAUGCCUUGUUGAUGUUGUCCGUGAUGUGGCAGAAAGAACACCUUUGGAGUGUUUGUAUACUCCAAAGAGUACACCUCUCCAGUUAUGUUAAGGUAAGGUUCUUCAUUGAAUUCAAAGAAAUGACCAACAAGUUUUUUGAUUACGUUGAUUUCUUAUAGGUCAUUAAGCUAUGGGAUAAUAAAUUAUUUUAACUAUAUUAAAAUUUAGAUGAGAUUUAUGAUGCAACUUUUUCAAAUAAUGUAAAAGUGAUAUAUUAUGUUUCUGUGACAGUAAUGUUGUAACAUAAGUUUGAGUAACAGAAUCCAUCUAUGUAUAGCACAGCAACUUAGUGCUGAACCCUGCUUUCUACAUAGUGCAGAGAGUGGUUGGAAGUGAUGGGCUGGCACAGUGCCUUCAUCUUUGAAGCAGUGUGGGUCAAGUUUUGUGUAAAAUAAAAUAUGAUCUAACACAUUUAAUUUUGAUUCAGAUAUAAAACUGAAAGUUGGGUUCAAAAAUCCAAGAAGGCACUUAAAAAUGACGAGACAAUGAAAACAUUUAUUGAAAAUGCUUCUUUUUGUAUUUGAAAAAAAUUAUAUAUAACUUAGGCAAAACACAGAAAUUUGAACCAUUUCCACAGUCAUUCCUCUUCAGACUCCAGAAAACACCUUCAGCUAUACUCGUCAUGUAAGUUGAACUUUCUCCGAAGUGAUUAACUGCAUUUCAGUUUCUACAUCUAUUAAGUUAUUUCAUUGCCAAUUUUCCUCUUCUAUCUGUAUGUGGGAGUAGCAGUUUUGCUGUUUUGCCAUUUUCUUUUGUGUAUUCAGCAAAUAUUUUUUUGGUAAAACAUUGCUUUUCCCUCAAAUUUAUAGACAUAUAUUCUUGUGUUUCCUUUUCUUUAUGGCCUACCAAUUUGAUAGGAUUUAAAUUGGGAUGGUAUGGAGGAAGGUCUGUUCUCUUUAAUUAUGUACAAUGUUGAUUCCUGGCGGUAAUAGUGAUUCAUGAAUUUUAGUCCUUAUAUUCUUUUGUCUUACACAUUUUAUAAGUUUCUUAUGGCCAUAUUUUAAGAAUUUUUGGGCAAAUAUAAGAACAAGCUGGUUUUAUUUUUUAUGGGAAAUGAUGUAAGUAUACACUUCAGUUCCAUUUUCUUCAACAUAUUUUCAUGCAUCCUGUGGUCAGCUGAACGUAUGCAUUUUUAGUGUACCAUUUUCCUCUCCGACUUAUCAUCUAGUAUGAUAAGCACGAAGUUUGAGGCACACAUUUCUUUAGGUACCAUGUAUCAAACUCUUCAAAAAUGCAUUUUGUUUCAUGAAAAUUAUGUAUUAAAGUAAACAUUCUUGUUCCUUCUGGUUACACUUUAUCAUAAAUCAUGCUGGGCAAAACAGACACACUUGAAAAUGGCUGUCUUCUGGGUUGCUGCAACAUGAUAAGGCUAUUUGAAUCUAUGCUGUUCUUUCAGCAAUCAGUUUCUUGUGUAAAUAAGAAAAUAAAUCGGCAAAAGUUCGUAAAUAAUUAUUACUUUACAUUGAGAAAAUAUGCUUUAUGUUUUAUAUCAUCUAUUGCUACACUUAUCUGAAUGAUGAUGUAAUGCUUGCAUAAUAGCCUCAUAAGUGAUUUAUUGCACUUUUCUGUUUCAACUGGGAGCAUUCAGAAUGCAUACGGAAAUUGUGUUUUCCAGUCUUAUUUUAAGUGAUGCUGCAUAUUUCUUUAUGCUCAUUACACUUGUAUGUUCUGCAUACCUUACUUGCUUUUAAUUUUGUAAGCGAAGGGAGUUGAAAUAAACAGGUCUGACACACAGA